AUGUAUCGGUACCUGGAUCCCCGGGCCUGGCUGGCGCAGCGCUGGAGGCACAGGUACCCGGCCGGCUCACUCGCAUAUUGGGACGGACGAACGAGCCUUCCCCCCCCUGCUGGGCCCUCAGCACCUUCCCUGCGUGCUACCCAGACGGAACCAGCUUCGAGACACGAGGAUGGGCAGGAGGCGCUGUGGACGGUGCGAACCGGGGGAGGCGCAUCGCACCUGCGUCUGCGUGUGGUUGUGUUUUGGGCAGUCUAUGCCUGUGCUGGUGCAGGGAUCAUCCUCGCGUCGUCCAAUCAGGGGCCGCAGGCGGCGUUCCAUUCGCGCAGCGCCGGGUAG